UAGCAUGGCAAGUGUCUGCUCAGAGCUAGAGGCGAGUGAAAUUGAAUGAAAUUUGAUAUAUGUCCCAACGUCACACUGAGCUCAACCCGCUGGAACAUCGCAAGCGAACGGUCGACGGACGCUAAAGGAGUGGUUGCGGAGGAGAGAUUUCCAGUGCUGCUAUUUCAGCGUACUCUGCCAAACCUACUCGUCACUUGCGCUGAGCGACUGCGUCGUGCGCUAAUCCAAAAGGUCAACAAAACCUCCUGGAUUGACUACAACACUAUGUUGCCUGUUGCUGUCUUCAUUGUCCUUAUUACAACAUGGAUGUCCGUUCCGGCAUCUGCUGCCACAUGUUCUUCAACACCAAACCUCUCGAACGGAUAUUAUACUACCAGUAUUAGCAGUUUUACAAAUGGUGGCAUAGCGUUUGCUGCUUGUUGUCCAGGAUACCAGGUAAAUCGACCAUUGACAAUCACGUGUGGUAAUGGCACUUGGCCUAGUGGUGGAUCUCGUCCAACUUGUACAUCAACUACAUGUUCUGCAGCACCACCAAUCGCUAACGGCUAUCUUACUUUCAACAGUAGGAGUUUUAUGGAUGGAGGUUCAACAACUGCCAAUUGUUUUCCAGGAUACCAGUUGAAUGGAACAGCUGCUAUUACUUGUACAAGUGGCCAGUGGCCUAGUAAUGCUUCUCUUCCAACUUGUACACCACUCUCGACAUGCCCUCCCCUCACUGUGGAUAAUGGAGAUGUGUCAAGCGGCUCAGGCAACUUGAACAACAUUCACGGUGUCACAUGUACUUCUGGCUUCGAGCUAAUGGGAAACUCAAUAGUGAUCUGCCUUGACGAUGGCAAUUGGUCUAGCAUACCUGAGUGUGUCCAAUCUGUGGAGUGCAGCUCCCUCACGGUUGCCAAUGGACAAGUCUCUCAAGGACAGAACACGGUUGGCAGUGUGAGGACAGUGUCGUGCGAUGAUGAAUAUGAGCCCAAAAGCGAUAGGACAAUAGUCUGCUCGGUGAAUGGCAGCUGGUCCAGCAGUCCAACGUGUCAAGCUACUACUACUACUACUACUACUACUACCACUAUAGGUACACAGGCGCAUGCGGAGGGAACUAUGGCUGAUGCUUCAUUCCUGAGCCAGGGUGGCGCUGUGGCUCUGAUUGUUGUCAUCGCUGUCUUAAUUAUGAUGCUUGUGAUCGCUGUCAUCGCCAUCAUCAAGAUGGCAAGACGCGUCUAUGAACCUAGACGUGACGACAAUGUCUGCUAUAACAAUAAGUUAGACCACGAGCAGGUAGCAGUGACUGUAGAUACACAAGACUCGUCUGAACCACCUCGACCAAUCGCCGUGUACGCCACUCCGAACAAGACGACUCAGCGGAUGCCUGGAGGCGAAAACGCAACUAACUAUGCGGCCAUCGAAUUUGCACCCAGGGCCAGCCCCAACGAACAGUGAAGUGGCAACUACAAAUUUAAAUUGUUGUUUUUCCACCAUGAUUAGAGCAUUUGUUGGGCUACUUUUUUGUUAUUCUCUUAUUAGCUUAUCGCCAGCAUGUUAUUCACGACAUUAGAUUGCAUAGCUCAAGUUUAGUUUUGGGUAAUCCUACACAGGUUUUCACCUUACGUGACUUUUUUGGCAGCUAGGUGAGCGAUGUACAUGUACAUGUAGCUCAAAAUUUCCCUAAUGGCGAGGCGUCGCUUUAUGUUUUUCUUGCUCCAGCUUGCAUACAAAUUUUGAAAAUGUCAGGCAGGGAUCUUGUGGUUUUAUUCAUUUCAAACCGGUCUCCUUUUCACUGGAAAUUUGCUAUCUAUGAAGUUCAUAAUUUCAUACUACGGAUUUCUUCUGAGAUUUUCCCUCUUUGGGAUCAGCACAUCUGAUAUCUCACAGAGUCACAGGUGGAACUUUCUAAUUUGCGAUGCAUUGUACAAUUCUACUGGUCUUGUAUGAGUAACCCAGUUUUCGCACACCUCCCAAUAUUUCUCUUCGUUACUUUAUCUGUUAUUGAUAUGUGCUACUAGUAGCUUUGCAUAUCAUGCUGGCAACAUCCAAAUGUACGUUUCCCAUUUCA